AUGUCUUCCUCCUCAGGAGUUAACGUGCUGAGAUACACGGCCCUUGGCCUGGGUGUGUUCUACGGCUUCACACAUCAGCGAACGAUCACAGCAAGCCAGAAGGCUGCCGCUGCCACGAAGGAGUACGAGCGCAAGCAGAAGUUGAUCGAUCAAGCAAAGGCCGAGUUCGCGAAGAAGAGCCAGCCCGUCACGGCGGCGGCUGCUGAUGCCGGUGCCAACGUCGACCCGAUGGACCCCAAGUUCGACCUUGAGGCCUACUUCAACAACCUGGUGAAGCAGAACCCGUAG